AUGGGGCCCCCGGGCAAUAGGGGAGCAUGGGGCCCCUGUGUCCUUGCCCAAACUCAAAAAAGCCUAUGAAAAAGGUAGCAGGGGCAUCUCAUGGGGCCCCCUACUGAACCCGGGCCCUUGGGCAAGUGACAAUGCAGGAGCACAAAUAGGAGACAGUUGUAACCCCUUAACAGAAAGCGCCUGAGCAGGGGCGGACUGACAACUCAUGGGGCCCCGGGCAAUAGGGGAUCAUGGGGCCCCUAUGUCCUUGCCCAAAGUCAAAAAAGCCUAUGAAAAAGGUACCAGGGGCAUCUCAUGGGGCCCCCUACUGACCCCGGGCCCUCGGGCAGUGCCCGAGUUUCCAAAUGGUCAGUCCGCCCCUGCGCCUGAGUCAAUACCUUCAUGGCAAAAUCAUCAGGUAUUCUAAAAAAAAA